AUGUCUUUGGCUGGCAAAAUUGCAAUAGUAACUGGUGCUUCUCGAGGUAUUGGUCGUGGUAUAGCUUUACAACUUGGAGAAGCUGGAGCUACGGUUUAUAUAACUGGUCGACCGCAUGAAGUGUCAAUAUCUCAAACGGGAAGAGAUGAUCUCCCAUCCUUGCAAAAAACUGCAGAUGAAAUAACUGAGCGUGGCGGAAAAGGAAUUGCGAAAUAUGUCGAUCAUUCCGACAUGAAUCAAGUGAAGGAUUUUUUCUCUCAAGUUCAGUCCGAAACCGAUGGUACAAUUGAUAUUCUUGUAAAUAACGCGUAUUCUGCUGUUCCGAUUUUGGGUAAAGAAUCUGGAAAACCAUUUUGGGAAACCGAUCCUAGCAUAUGGGAUGAGGUCAACAAUGUGGGUCUGAGAAAUCACUAUUUUUGUAGCGUAUAUGCCGCGCGAUUAAUGGUGAAACACAGAGCAGGUCUUAUUGUGAAUAUCAGUUCUUUUGGCGGUUUACAGUAUUUCUUCAAUGUCUCCUAUGGUGUUGGGAAAUGUGCGCUUGAUCGUAUGGCAGCUGAUAUGGCCUGUGAAUUGCGCAAAUAUAACGUUUCAGUAGUUUCGUUGUGGCCUGGCGUAGUUCGAACUGAACUUUUUUCUGAUAUUGUAAAUAGCGCAGAUAUUGAACUCACUGGUUAUAAAUUGAAACUGAAAACAAUGCUGGAAGAUGGUGAAACAGUUGAAUUCUCUGGGAAAGCAGUGGUGGCAUUGGCAAAUGAUAGAAAUAUCCUGAAAAAGACUGGGAGUACUCUUGUCGCAGCUGAUAUAGGAUUAGAUUAUCGUUUUUGCGAUGUCGAUGGAAGAGCUCCUCCAAGUAUUCGCAGCAUUAAGAAUUUGCUUAACUUGGGAGGAUACAAAAAAAUUGCUGAAUACGUACCUUCUUGGUUGCGGUUACCUGGAUGGUUAAUGGUUGCAGUAAAUAGUCGCUUGUAA